UCCUCCCUCGGCAGAGCAGGACGGAAUUUCAUUUCAUAUGUUCUUUCUUCGCUUUCCUUCUUCGAUGAAAGAGAGACAGAGGCAGAGGGAGUCAUGUGGAACAACCUCCCCCCAGAAAUCCUCGCCUUCAUCUUCUCCUUCCUCCCACCGGACACCCUCGCAAGGGCCAGGGCUGUCUGCCAACAGUGGAAUUCCUGCGCUCAACAACACCACCUUUUACUCUUUUCAUCUACCAAUCAUCACCAACACCUCCAUCCACCUUGGCUCCUAGCCGUGCCCACACACAACUGCCGCCAUUUCUGCUACGCUUACAAUCCUUCUCUUAGCAGAUGGUACAACAUCUCCCUCAGUUUCAUCCCCAGCGCCCUCCGGCUUGCCGUCGCUGCCGUCGGCGAUGGACUUCUUCUUGUCAAGCCGUCGCUCUCCAUUCCUUCCCCUCUAGCUCUCUGCAACCCUUUCACCCAGCACUACAAGCUACUGCCUCCCUUCAUAUGUAAGCGCUCCAACCCAUCCAUAGGUGUAGUCUCCACCGCCACAGGUGGAUACCGUAUAUAUGUCGCCGGCGGGAGUUCGAACUGUACCGCCUACGUAUCGACGAUGGAGAUGUACGAUUCCGAGGCUGGCACAUGGCAGAUUGCCGGAAAGAUGCCGGAAAAAUACGCUGCUCGGAUGAUUUUGUGGUCUACCAGUGGAAGUGUGCAUCAUAAUGGUGUGUUGUACUGGAUUACCUCGGCGAGGGUGUACAAUGUGAUAGGUGUGGAUGUGGGUGCUCCAUCUCCGGGUUGGCACGAGGUGGGCGUGCCCUGCGCUGAUCAGCUGGAGUUUGCAACACUGGUCAUGACUCGAGGAGGAAGGGGAUUGGGGCUUGUCGGAGGGCUGGCCGGCCGAGAGGUGUGUCUUUGGGAGUUGGAAGGAAGGGACACCUGGGUGCUGGUUGAUAAGCUGCCUGGUGAGGCGGUGACCAGGCUGCUCGGGAGGGAAGGGAAAUUGGGCAGCGUAAAAUGUGUUGGUGGUGGAGGUCUGAUGUAUCUGUUUAGGGACUUUGGAUCUGGUAUGUUGGUUUGGAAGGAGGAAAUUGGGAGUUGCAGGAGAGACUGGUAUUGGGUAAAGAGGUGUCUCAAUGGUGGAGAUGGUCCUCUUCCCAACUUCCCUGUAAAAGGAGUUUUACUGUGGCCUAGUCUUUCACCUCUUGCAGCUCUGGGGAAAUAAGAAUGCUUCUUCUCUGCCUCCUGUCUUUCUGACAGAAAAGACGUUCUUGCUGGAGGUGCUUGACUGCUUGUGGGCAGAUUUUGCCAGUAAUUUUGCAAUAAGGUGUUGAUCUUUAGGAUUCAAGGAAAUUUGUGGUGCAUAUGCAUUUAUUUUUCUUUAUUACAGUGACAUCUAGAAUUGAUCUUGACUACCAUCGUUGGUCCAGCUUCUCUGUGAUUUUGGUAAAGAGCUGGCUAUAUUGCUUGGACUUUAGAAGCUUAUUCCAGACCUUGUAAUAGAUGAGAUGGCUCAAGGAACCAUUUUUGCAGGCCUUAGACUAAAAACAUUCUUUUGGAGAAAGAUUGUCGAGAAAUCUGCAAAUAUAAAUGCCAUUUACCUGUGACAGAACGAUGUCCGGCAGAGGAUCAUCUGGAUUAAGUAUCUGAUCCUUUUCUUAAUGGUUCUUUGUCAUCCAAAAAGAAUCAAAUGUCUUUACCUGAUGGCACUAGAUCUCUGAACUUUGAAAUGAUAGUCA